UCGUGUUUUUUUUUUCUCUGUGUGCUGUGUGCUGACGAUCUCUCAUCGAUUGUAUUGGAACAGCUGUCUGAAUAGCAGCUAUUCAUUGCAUCUAUAGUAAUACUAAGGAGCUUUGCCUUUUAAGCUACCAAUUAUUGGGUGCUGGGAGCACUUCUGCUAAUAGUCGCCGCCAGUUUUCCAACCAAUAUAAACGCGCUGCCGCGUCGCAUGCACGGUCGCCACUUAAUCCUGCCGCACCACCAUCACGUACAUCUGAGAUCCGCCGGACAGGAGCAUCAUUCAUCCGUGGCUAAUCCAAACUGCUCGAUAGAGAAAAUGUCGGUGACACAGAGUCAAAUCUCAAUCGCCAUCGAAGUCAGCAAUCAGACUCGGCACGCCAUCUUUGAGCUGCUGGAGAAAUGGUUGCUGAAACAUCACAAGCUGGCCAAUGCAUCGGAAGCUGCGACACUAUAUGCAUUGCAUAACCUCAAUCUCGAAUAUCCGCUCAGCGUGGAGGCCAACAACACUGACUACGAUGGCCAGGACACUCAGUCGCCGCGGGAGGAGCUGCCCAGAAUAUAUAAAUCCUUGAACAUCGUUCAUCAUUUGAUGCAGAUCAUUAACAAGAACCUUACCAAAGAAGUCUACGACAAUUUCUUCAAGUUUUUCACCGAGAAGAUUAAUCAUAACAGGAGCGUGGUUAGCGAAAUGAUAGACAUACCCGAGAACUGCUGGUCUGAGCCAAAAUAUACCUACAAUAAGACUCACGAUCUGUUGGAAUAUGCCGUUGUCAACGAGAGCAUGAAGCUGCUUAAAGUUAUCGAGAAGAAGUAUCGAUUUAUGCAAUACCAGAUUCAGCGUCAGCUUCAGGGUUAGGACUUUGAUUCUCAAUGACCUGUCACUGCCCCUGCCCCCUGUCCCGCCCCCUUGACACACAAUGCGGUGUCAACAACAGUGUACAAGAAAAUACCAAAAAACUUAAACAACAAAUGGAAAAAAAAGAAGAAAAGAAAAGGAAUCGAAUUGAAUCGAAUCGAAUUCUCAAUGCAAGCUACAGUCAUAUUUAGGCGAUAUAACGUCGAUACAUAUAUCAUUCAUAUAUACCUACAUAUGUAUAAGUAAAUGCACUUAAUGUCGUACAGUGGUUUUUUUUCCUAUAUAAUAUAAAUGUAUGUUUACUAAUAUUUAGUCUGUAGUAGCUAAUAAUGCCCCACA